AUCCGUUCCGUUCGUCGUUUGGCGUUCCGCUUAAUUCUUUGUCAAAAGUCUCCGCUUCGGUCUGCAAGUCCCAUUAGUAUAAAAGUCUAUUUGACUGCCGCUUAAAAGUCCCUUCCCAUCAUGUCACCACACCACGACGCACCUUCUCCAGCACAUAGCUUCACCACUGGAUCAGGUUUUCAUCAAGCUGUCCAAUCCAUCUACACAAUGAACCACUACAACGACUUCGAGACCAGCUCAAUGGAGUCUGCGGACGUAGGCAUCCGGCGCACGCUGGUUCCUGGAAUUUAUGUCCCAACUGUAGCAUUUUUCGAUCCUGCAACAGACAAUGUCGACGUAGAGACCACCGCCAACCAUGCCGUUCGUCUGGCCAAGGCCGGUGUUGCAGGCAUUACCACCCAAGGAUCCAAUGGCGAGGCUGUUCAUCUGUCCCACAAGGAGCGUGAUCUAAUCACCAAGACGACCCGCAAGGCAUUGGACGACGCUGGCUUCGGAUACAUGCCCGUCAUUGUUGGCUGCGGAGCUCAGUCGACUCGGGAAUCCAUCGAGCUUUGCGAAGAAGCGGCCUCCGCUGGCGGAGACUAUGCUUUGGUUCUGCCGCCUGGUUACUACCAAGGACUUUUCUCCAAAGAGACCGUAAAGGAAUUUUUCCGGGAUGUCGCAACUGCUUCGCCCAUCCCCAUCCUCAUCUACAACUAUCCCGGCGCUGUUUCAGGACUCGAUCUCAACUCAGAUACCAUCAUUGAGUUGGCACAACAUCCCAACAUCGUCGGCUGCAAGCUCACCUGUGGAAACACUGGUAAGCUCAAUCGCGUUGCCUCAGCCACUCACGCCGCCACGGUAUCAGAUCCCGGAUCCGGCUUCAUGUGCAUGGGAGGAUCCGUGGACUUCACCCUCCAGACUCUUAUUGGAGGUGGCUCUGGCAUCAUUGGUGGCAUGGCCAACAUCGCUCCAAAGUGCUGCGUCAAACUCAUUGAGCUUUUCGAAGCAGGAAAGCUCGCCGAAGCUCGCAAAUUGCAAGCUGUCGUUGCUCGCGGCGACUGGGCGGCCAUCCAAGGAGGCAUCAUUGGCACCAAGGCCGGUCUCAUGUCACACUUCGGCUACGGAGGAUAUGCCCGCAAGCCGCUCCCCAGGCCUUCGAAGGAUGAGGCACAUGGGUGGCGCGAAGCUUUCGACGAAUUAGUCAAGAUGGAGAACUCGUUGUAAUCGAAAACUUACAGUACAGGCACAGGUGCCUGAUGACGCCUACACGUAUCAGUUGUUGGGCCUUGUUUCCACGUCAACCGUUGGAAUUUCUCAGUCGAUGCGAUUUUAGCAUUCCCUUCGGCGUUGAGCCCUCGCGCAUACCUUUAGUGGCGUUCUUGUGGGAUAGGGAUAUCUCGAUUUGAUAGCAGAGUCUAUGUUCAGAGGCGUUGCAAGUCAAUUGCUGUUUCAAAAAGUAAUUACGUCUGCCGGACUUGUCCAUCCAACGAUACUUUCGGCAGUGAACAAAAUCAUCGCAUCGCAGGGAUCGGAACGAAUGGGUGGCUGUCUGCUUUAGCCUUAGUUUUGAUCAAUUGCAUCUCCGUCGUCAA